AUGGAGGAGAUCAUCGCAGGGCUGGAACGGUUCACGUUUGCCUUUGAGCAGGAUGUGGAGUUGCAGAAGGGCACUGGACUCCUGCCUUUCCAGGGCAUGAACAGUGAGUGGCAGGGGCACAGCUUCCCGGCCCCUGGCUUCCCGGUCCCUGGCUUCCCUCUGUCUCUCCUACAGGGCUUCUGGGUAUUCACUGUCCAGGAUAGAAAGACAGAUUUCAGAGCUACUCACUGGCCCGCCAGAGUUCCCUGGCUGCCAGAGCCAUCCACCUCCUGUCUCAGAUCCAGCUCAGCUGUGUGCAAUUUCUUCCCUAAAGGGCUCUGUGAGAAGGGGACGCUGUGCCCCCUUCGGCACGAGAUGGGGGAGAAGAUGGUGGUGUGCAAACAUUGGCUCCGGGGGCUCUGCCGAAAGGGAGACUGCUGUAACUUCCUGCACCAGUAUGACCUCAGCAGGAUGCCUGUGUGCUACUUCCACUCCAACUUCGGUAACUGUAGCAACAAGGAAUGCAACUUCCUCCACACGAAGCCAGUUCCCAAGCUCCAGAACUGCCCCUGGUAUGACCAAGGGUUCUGCAAGGAAGGUCCCCUGUGCAAAUACCGCCAUGUUCAUCAAGUAAUGUGUCCCAACUACUUCAUCGGCUUCUGCCCCAAGGGACCUAAGUGCCAGUUUGGACACCCCAAGAUGAGUCCUGGGAGCCACGCCAGUAAAGUGAAGCCUGUCAACCAGCCAUGGGAUUCAACAACCCCAGCUUCUACUGGUCACACCCUAGUGCACCCUCACCAGGCAAAGCCCACGGUCCACCUUCAGAAGAGGUGGAGCCUGUCUCCAGCUUGCAGCUUGAGGGCCCAAGCCGCACCAUAG